GCGGGAUACGAAAAGGACCUCAAAGCGAACGGCGGAUAAGCGUGCGGCCUGUGCGUCGGGAGCGCGUCGAGCGCGUGUGUGCAACACGUAUAAAUUGCGAAUUUGCUUCAUUGCUCGGUCGCUCGUUUGAAAAGUAGGAAGUCGGUCGAGGCGAAGAGCUCGCGGUUGGCGUCUGUCACAAGUUCAAAGUCAAGAUCAUCGCCUGCUGUGCGCCGUCUUUGAUUGUUCUGUGAUCGAAGAUGUACGGGAUGCUACUGGAGAGUGUUCAGCACUUUAUUAAGGAAGAAUAUGGAGAGGAAACGUGGUUGAAAGUACAACAAUUAGCCUGUCUUAAACACUCAGUUUUCAACACUCACCAAGUCUACAAUGAUCAUAUUAUGAGCGACAUUGCCAAAGCAUGCGCAAAAGCCACAAACAAAUCUUACGAUUUCUUCAUGCAGUUUUUUGGAAAAUGUUUUGUACGCUAUUUCAGCCAUUUUGGUUAUGAUAAUACAAUCAAAGCCACUGGUCGAUACUUUGCUGACUUUCUUCAAAGCGUUGACAAUAUCCACUCACAAUUUCGCUUAUCCUAUCCAAAAAUGAAAAGUCCAUCGAUGUACCUCACUGACGUGGAUGAUAAAGGAUGUGUGUUGGUCUACCGAAGCACUCGUCAAGGUUUUACAGAAUAUCUUCGAGGACUCUUGAUACAAGUCGGGAAUGACGUGUUUAAUCUCAAGGUUAACGUGAAAGUGAUCGAAAGCACGCUAUCGCAGACCAGCGGAAGAAACAUCGUGAUCGUUACAUUUCGCCUAGAUUUCGACAACGAACAUUAUAUGUUGGACAAAAAGAAAAAAGAAGCUCAGCUGAAAAUAAAAAACUCUCUUGCGCCGUUUUCGUGCCAGUUGCUUUUGAAAUGGUUUCCGUUUGCUGUAAUGAUGUCCAAGGAGAUGCACAUCAUCGGGGCUGGAAUCAAAGUUAUUGAACUGCUGAAUUGGAAGAAGGAUCUAUACGGACAGCCGAUUACAAAAUGUUUUCGCCUGCGACGACCUAAAGGCAUUUCCUUUACUUGGAAAAACGCAUUCUAUUUACAAUCCGUAAUGUUUGAGAUUGAAUUCAUACGCGGCGAGGUGUUGCUAAUGGCAUCCGGUGCCAAUGACGCUGGCGGAAGUAAAGAGAACAAAAUGGAAGCGUCACCAUAUCGUUUGAGAAGGGACAGUCACUGCGUAGUGAAAAAUAUCCUGCUACGCGGACAAAUGCGUUAUCUACAGGACAUGGACGCUAUUAUAUUUUUAUGCAGUCCACUUAUAAAUGACUUGGAUGAAUUGCCUGAGUUAGGGCUGUAUCUCAACGAUUUAAACCAUCACGGCUUGAGUAGAGAAAUGGUCUUGGCAGGUUGGCAGCACAAUUCAAAGCUGGAGUUAUUGUUCGACCGUGCGGAACAGAAGACCACCGAACUCGAACAUAAUUACGAUUUGCUGGACGAGUGGAAACGCCGUGGAGAUGAUUUACUUUAUUCGAUGAUUCCGAAAAGUGUUGCUGAUCGUUUACGGGUUGGUGAAACUAGUACAUGCGAAUCUUUUGAUUCGGUGACUAUACUCUUCUGCGAAUUGGUCGGAUUCAUUUCGGAGACUGUUGCGGAGACGAUGCAUGUUGUCACGGCGAUGAAUGCUGCGUUUUCCUGCUUCGACGAGUUAAUGGACAAGUUCAACGUUUAUAAGGUGGAAACUGUUGAUAAAGUAUAUAUGGCUGCCAGUGGUGCCCCUGAACGUAAUAAAACACACGCAGUUGACGUAGCAGAUUUGGCACUAAGCAUGAUGCAAAACGUGAAGAAAAUCCAAGGACCACAUGGAAUGCCGGUCGAAAUACGAAUUGGAAUUCAUACAGGCGCUGCUGUAGCUGGAGUUGUUGGUAUAAAAGUCCCAAGAUAUUGCUUUUUUGGCGAUACGGUCAAUACGGCUUCAAGAAUGCAAUCAACAAGUAUCCCUGGAAUGAUACAUAUCUCGUUGUGCACGAAAAACUUAUUGCCACCGGAUCGAUACACCAUCAACGCUCGUGGCAGUGUGACGAUUAAGGGCAAGGGCGAGAUGGAAACAUUUUUCCUCUGCAAUCGCCUCGAGGCGAACGGAGACGCACGCAAUUCACCAACGCAAGUCACGUAAAUUUAUAAAAAAGUGCCAGUUGCCUGGUAACAAAGAAUAGGAAGCGCUUCACUUUGAAUUUCAACGCAACUUUCAUCUUUCAACAUACUUUUAAACGCUUGCAGGUAAAUAAAAGAAGAUAAAAACAGUUGCUGGUAUUAAUUUUAUUAUUGUAAUGGAGAAAGUAUUUAGUAUAUAUUUAUCUAAUGUUUUAGACAUUGUUGAGCUUUAUUCUAAUCAAAUAAAUGUAAUGAUAAUGAUAAAAACAAAGUGCAUGCAAUUGUGAAUUCUAUUUGCAAAUGAAAUACACUAAUCUGCUGAUUGAAUUUGCUCGAAAAUGUAAAUUACACAAUUGUACAAGCCAAUAAGAAAGCUUUUAUUUAGAUUUUUCUACUUAAGUAUUCGGAAACUGGAUCAAUUCGAAUGAUAAAAGCCGACACAUUCUUGCGCAUCCUUUCAGUCUUCGUUUGCACUUUACUAAAACUCAUCUCAAACAAAAUAAUUUCUCUAAUUAUUAUCUCUCAAAACAAAUGUUUUAUUUAACUAAUUAAUAAUUGUAAUUGAUAUAGAUUCGUGCAUAAACGCAAUUAAUAUCUCUCA